AGUUGCGUCAUGUGGGCGUGUCGUGCCGGCUUUUCUUUCUCUUUAUAACCGGCAUCCGCAGAGUGAACAUCUCCACCACCUCGUGACUCCCGGACUAGACGUACCCCGAGUAACAGCACAGACAUGCCUGGGUUUAACGACAGAGGCCGCGAUAGAGGAUUUGGUGGCGCUCCCCGCUUUGGAGGUAACAGGGGAUCUGGAAAGUUUGGUAACCCAGGAGAGCGACUCGUGAAAAAGAAAUGGAACCUGGAACAGCUGCCAAAAUUUGAGAAGAACUUCUACCAGGAGACCCCUGAAGUGGCGUGCCGCACUGCGCAAGAUGCUGAGCAGUACCGGAGGGGUAAGGAGAUCACCGUCCGUGGCCAAAACUGCCCCAAGCCUGUCCUCCAGUUCCAUGAAGCGAGCUUCCCAGUCACUAUCAUGGAGGCGCUGAAGCGCCAGAACUUCACUGAGCCUACCCCCAUCCAGAGCCAGGGCUGGCCGGUGGCCCUGAGCGGGUUGGACAUGGUUGGCGUUGCUAUGACAGGGUCUGGGAAGACUCUCUCUUACUUGCUUCCCGGCAUUGUCCACAUCAACCACCAGCCGUUCCUUCAGAGAGGCGAUGGACCCAUUCUCCUGGUGCUGGCACCUACCCGAGAAUUGGCUCAGCAGGUGCAGCAAGUGGCAGCAGAAUAUGGCAGAGCGUGCCGCCUGAAGUCCACCUGUAUCUAUGGAGGUGCACCCAAGGGACCCCAGCUGAGGGACCUGGAGAGAGGUGUUGAGAUUUGCAUUGCCACACCCGGACGUCUCAUUGACUUUUUGGAAGCUGGAAAGACUAACCUGAACAGGUGCACUUACCUGGUACUGGAUGAGGCAGACAGGAUGCUUGACAUGGGCUUCGAGCCUCAGAUCAGGAAGAUUGUGGACCAGAUCCGGCCUGACAGACAGACCCUGAUGUGGAGCGCCACAUGGCCAAAGGAGGUGCGGCAGCUGGCAGAAGACUUCUUAAAGGACUAUGUUCACAUAAACAUUGGUGCCCUGGAACUGAGUGCCAACCACAACAUCCUGCAGAUCGUGGACGUGUGCAACGAGGGCGAGAAGGACGACAAGCUUGUCCGUCUGAUGGAGGAAAUCAUGAGCGAGAAGGAGAACAAGACCAUAGUGUUUGUGGAGACAAAGAGGCGCUGUGAUGAACUGACCCGCCGCUUACGGAGAGACGGGUGGCCUGCUAUGGGCAUUCAUGGUGACAAAAGCCAGCAGGAGCGUGACUGGGUGUUAAAUGAGUUUAAACACGGCAAAUCCCCCAUCCUCAUUGCCACAGACGUUGCAUCCCGAGGUCUAGAUGUGGAAGAUGUGAAAUUUGUCAUCAAUUAUGACUACCCUAACUCCUCUGAGGAUUAUAUCCACCGUAUUGGGAGGACAGCCCGCAGUACCAACACGGGCACUGCCUAUACCUUCUUCACCCCCAACAAUGCCAAACAAGUGGGCGAUCUGAUCGCUGUGCUCCGCGAAGCCAACCAGACAAUCAACCCCAAGCUGCUCCAGCUGGUGGAGGACAGAGGACGCUUUAGAGGAGGCAGAGGAGGAAUGAACGACCGUCGUGACCGCUUUUCUUCAGGCAAGCGGGGUUGGGGGGAUCGGGAGAAUUACAACAGAGGGUUCGGAGCUAAGAGGGACUUUGGAAACAAGCAGAACGGCUUUGGAGCGCAGUCGUAUAAUAACUCCUACACCAACGGCUACGGCGCAGCCAUGCAGGGAGCAGUCCAAGGAGCGUACCAGCGGCCCGGCCAGAACGGCGCCUACCAGAACAGCUAUGACGCCACCCAACAGUACGCAGCAGCCAUGCAGAACGGGAUGGCCCAGCAGGCAUACACCUACCCAGCAGCAGCAGCCGCCACAGUGACUCCAGCAGCUCCUUCCAUGCUAGGAUACACCAUGCCCGGGGCUUACCCUCAGUGAGGAGCAGCGCACUCGGUGUCCAUUUUUGCUUUUAAUUUUAUAUUUUUUUUUUCCCUUUGGUUAUUUAAGUCAGGACAGGGUGUGGUGGGGUCAGCCGCCUGCCCCAGUGACUGUAGUGCACUUUUCACUAUUUAAGUUGACUGUUUCUCUACAUUCCUGAAGACAUUUUAGUUUCUUUUUUGUACUAGACGCGGCCAGUGUUCUCACGUCCAUGUACAGUGAUUGACGUACUGUAACGGGGGCAGCGCAUGGCCCUCAAUAAAGACCAUUCAACUCAA